AUGCCUAUAGCUUUGCUGCCCGCCUCCGCGGCAGCAUUUGCCCCCCGUGGAAACCCAACUGUCGUGCUCUCCAAAGUCGAGCCAUGGCUCACCGCAACACUGAAGAGGGUCAACCGAGUUAAGAGACCAUUGAAUAAUGUGGCGCAACAUACACGAUGCCUGACCGAAACCCUCUCAUCGGCCAACGCCAUCUGGACUCUCUGCUCGCUCAUGUUCCCCAAGGCUCCCGAAUCCGAACUCCGCAAGGACGAGAACCCGUUCGUCGAUGCCAUGUUCAACUAUCAAAUGAUUCAUGUGGAGGCUUAUGUGGUGCAUGUGGACAUGGUGUCGCAGAAUGAGGUUGCCUUUAAGCUGACCCCGGAGACCAUCGAAUCCCUCGUUGACUUCCACAAGGAAAUCUUCUCCGUGGACUCGGCCGCGAGUACGUGGGAUUGGCCCGAUAAAGAUUCUCAACUCAAGAAGCUGCAGGAGGAAUUCGUGCAGUCCGCCAACAAGUUCAUCUACCGCACCAAGGUCCAGGCUCUGGAAGGAUUGGAAGAAGAUGGCGCCGGCGAGCUGUUGGGCGGCCGGAGCGAAGAUGCUAAGGCUGCCAUUCUCAAUCUGUUUGUCUCUUUACUUCCACCUCCGCCUCCACGGGUCAUCGAUGUGAUUCGCGCGCCUCUCCUGCCCAGCUCGACUGUUGCCGAAGAAUGGUGGUCAAGCCCUGUGCAACAGCCAGUCAUGCCAGUGGGCGUAGAGGGCUGGAAGGUGAUCCCAUCAAGCCCCAGUCCUGUCUCUAACUGCGACACCACUCCGAACAUGUGGACGGUGAUGCCGAUGCAAGAAACCCACCAAUUGCCUUCUCCAGCUCCCUCUUUCAGCCAGCCGUAUACAACUGCCCCUUACGAUGCGCCCCAGUACUAUGACGCACCGGUGCCGGUUAAUAUGGCUGCGCUCUCCUCACUGUCGCUUCCUAGCAUGCUAAUGCAACAAUGCGGCACGGCGGCAUCGAUGGGCUUUGGGUAUAACGAUCGCUACCAAGGCUUCCCUGCUUUGUCCUAUGGCACAACCAUGUAG